GUUUGGACUGGACAGCUUUUUAAGGUUAUUUUCAUCCGUCAUCUAGGGAAAUAUAGGUACGGUUAAAUGCUCCACAUAAAAGGAUUUUGCCCGGUGAUAGGUACUUCGGAUUUUAAUCAUAGUUAUGGGUUAUAGCCUGGAGUUUGCUAUGCAUAGAAGAAUUGUAAGAUAUAGCGCCAUUAAAAUAUACUGACUGAAGUGUUUUUAAUGGCAGGUUAUUUGUCAAGCCUAGAAGUGAAGGUUAUCACAGAUGGUGAAUCUUGUGAAAGCCCACCAAAUAGUGAUCUUGGUUUUACGGAUGACCUUUCAGGAUCUGAGUAUGCUGAUGUUCAUAUAAAAUCUGAACCAGAACAUGGUUCUGACUGCUAUGAAGAAUCUACAAUAAGUUAUGGCUAUGAAAAUGAAACAGAACAUGGAGAUAAAAGCAGAAAAUUCCGAAGUUCCAUUGACUUGCCACAAGUUAUCAUUAAUGGCCAUGUUAUGGUUCCAAAGACACCUCAAGAAAUUAGAAAUAAUUUUAUAUCAAGCAAUACUGGACAAUUUCAGAAUAAUAGAAAUGAUGGUGUGGGUCAAACGACAUUGCAAUCAUGUAAAGCUGAAAAAGGAGGUUACAAAAAAAAUAAAUGUAUAGCCAAGCACAAAAAAGUUAAAAGAAAAAUACGUUUUCCCCAGAUAACGGUUAAUGGUGUUGUUAUGCCGCCAUUGAUACCUCGCAAAUUAAGUAUUACUCAAGAACCUGCUUGUUUUAUGGGUUUUGCAAGUGGAGGUAUGCAAACCCCAAACUACCAAGUUGAUACAACACCAUCACAAGAACCAGGGCCUUCAAAUAUUCGGAUUCCCACCAGUAAUACUUUGUCAUGCCUAGAAAAUGUAGAGAUCAAGGAAGAAUUUAUGUACUAGCAGUUUAUAAUCAAAUAUAUACUUUGAUUAAUA